CUCCGGAGCCGCGGGAGACCGGAGCCAGCUGUGUGACAGCUCGUCGGCCGCCAUGUCAGCAAGCGGGGCUGGAGACAGACCCGGCGCCCGCCGGUAGCCCUUGCGUUGCCUCGGAUGCCCAGUGAAAGCUGGAGGAAAACAACCCAGGCUUAUUCAAUUUCAAGGUUCACAAAACCGCAUUCCGAGGCAUGGAAGGACUUUGAUGAGACUUUAAACAGUUCCACAAAAGAUGCGCUAAUGGAUGACAGAGACGCUCCUACGUACCAUCUUCAGAUAGAACCACAAGAUGGAUGUCGUCCGGGUGACAGCGUGGAAAGCAGAGUGACGCCCUUGCCUUCUGUCUCAGAUGAAAAUGAGAAUCAGCUUGGCGGGGACGGGCCUGCGGGUGUGACUGGCAGUGACAGCACGAUGGGGAGAGCCCCGGUGUGUGAACAGGACAGUCUCAACAAUAACGAAAGCUGCCCGCCCGGCUGUGAGGCAGCCCCCGGGGAGACAGCAGAACACACGGCACGCGAAGCUCCCAAAGAUGAUCAGCCUUCCUCAGGACAGGAAAAAAAAACACCUGGAAAAAGAAGUCCAAGAGCCAAAAAAGGCACCGCUAAGAGGGCACCCCCUGGAGAUGCCACACCUUCAAUGCCGACAGUGAACGCAGAGCUGCAGGCGGCUGGUGAGGAGGCGGCUGGAGUGAAUGCCAAUGAUCCCCCGAAAGCUCCAGUGGCAGCGCUGCAGCCGCUCUUCUCCCUGAUCCGGGGUGAGGUGGAGCAGAUGGACUCGAGAGCACUUCCCCUCUUCCUCCACCAGGUAGCUGAGACCUAUUUCCAGGAAGAGGACUAUGAGAAAGCUAUGAAAUUCAUUCAGCUUGAACGAUUGUAUCAUGAGCAACUGCUUGCAAAUCUUUCUGCCAUUCAGGAACAGUGGGAAACAAAAUGGAAAGCUGUCCAGCCACAUACACUGACGCCUCUGAGGAAUUCAGAAAAGGGAUUUAAUGGUGAAGAUUUCGAACAGCUUGCUAAAAUUUGCACAACUCAUCAAGACCCUCUCUUGUCCAAGCAUAAGAUAGCACCCGUGGAAAAGUCAGUGGGAAGAAAAUGCUUUUCAAGGGUGACAGUAUCUGAAGAGCCAAAGGAAAGAGGAGCAUCACCCAAAGAACCAGAGACUGAAACCUGUCCUGUCAUGGAACCAAGCGGAGGCCAGCAUGAAGAACAGCCCCGGGAGAGCAGCCCCAGCUCUCAUCAAAUGGACUGGCAGGCAGCUUCCCCCAGCCUUCCAGUAACUGCGGGGAAGGAGCGCGCGGAUGCGGAGGAACCGGAUGCGGAGGAACCGGAGGAACCGCUGCGCACCGGUGCCACACUGGAGCUCCACACCCCGUCCCCAGAGACAGCCAGGAGCAGGUCAGGGCCAGAUGCUGCUGAGAGUGCCCGCGAGGAUGACAGCUGCUUGCAGGCUCCUCCCACAGAGGACCACCGCGGUGUGGCUGAUGACCCUAAGGGGUCUCCUCCUAGUGAGUCAGUGACAGAGCCGCAGCUCUUCCCAAGCGGCGGCAGUAUACCUCCUGUGUUGAUUUCAGAGGGUAGAUACUCACAGAUACACCGAAAAGAACUCUGCCUGCCCGUCCAGGGUGUACUUGAAGCUCUGCCCAGGGGCCAGUCUCGGAGCAGUGAAUUGGAUGAGUCACAGCAGCCCCACCUCCCAGCCACUGAUGGGAAAUCACCACACAGUCAGACGGACUUGGAGCCUGGCUCUGAGAACGCACUCUGUGGUGACAGUAAAGCGGAUGACGUAAGGACACUAUGUCCAGAAGUAUGCAUGGCCCCAGAAGAAGGGCGGGAUAAGGGAGACCAAGUCAGCCAGGAAACGGAAGACUAUCUGAACAGCCUUUUGGAAGGGUGCUUAAAAGACGCCGAAGAGUCCCUCACCUAUGAAGAAAUCCUAGACGACGACUCUGACCUCCAAGACCUCUCUCCCGAAGAAGCCUCCUACAGUCUCCAGGAGAACCUGCCUCCUGAUGAGAGCUCGCUCUCCCUUGAUGACCUGGCCAGGAAGAUAGAGAUCGCAGAGGUCGUUCCUGCAGAAGGGCUGGUGUCCAUAUUAAAGAAGAGGAAUGACACGAUAGGGGACCACCCUGCCCAAAUGCAGCAGAAGCCAGCUAAGCGGAGAGUGCGGUUCCAGGAAAUAGAUGAUAGCUUGGAUCAAGAUGAAGUGGGCAGCGGCUCCUGCAUCCUGCUCAUCUUGCUGUGCAUAGCCACAGUCUUCCUCAGCGUUGGAGGAACUGCACUCUAUUGCACUCUGGGCAACAUGGAGUCACCUGUUUGUACAGACUUUGCCGACAACAUGGACUUCUAUUACACUAAGCUGCUGCAGGGGGUGUCAGGACUUAAACACUGGGUCUACCUCUCCUAGCAGCAGUGGGACAGGCGUGCUGACAGACAGACAGACAGACAAAGAUGCAAACCUCCCAAACAGCUUUUAUUUCAGGAGUCAUGGAACAUUCCCCUUCCCCAGCAGCGGGGACCCAAGGACGGACAAUAGAGACAGCCCAGAGACCUCUGUUAGAGUAAUCCACAGAAGGCGAAUGCUGGUGGAUUACUGAGGACAGUGGGAGGGCCGUGGAGACCACGCCCCUCUGCUUGCUGCUUGCUUGUAUAGUGAAGCACACAGAGCAGAGUCACACCGGGCUCCCACUGAGGGUUAAAGGACAGUCCCGGUUUACCGUCAUUGUCCACAGGCAUUGCUUCCUGCCACCACGCAAUAAGUUUCUUUGUGAUCAGAGAGAGUUACCUUAUGGUUUCAACGCCAUUUUUUAGUUAAUCUUGGAGCUGUGUAAUUUUAGCUUUGGGCAUUACUCUAGAUUCUGUUCUCCAUUUGUGAAAUGGUCGUGUGGGUGUGUGUAUGUCUGAAGUAGUAACCACAAGUGGAUAUCCAGUGCAGAGUACAAAGAUGACCUUUAUUCUUUUAACUUGACUACAAUGUGCAGGCACAAAUCUGGAGAAGGCUUACCUGUGAACCAGAUAAACUGUAGGAAUGUUGGCCUUGAAUUGAGAAUCUGACAGAUCAGUGGCAAUGAAUUUGACAGGCCUGAAGGCAAGCCCCAUGACAGAACUCCCAAGUCUCAGAUGAGAUUUUCCUGUGGCUUCUGUGCUGCCUGGAGCAAUGAGUUCUGGUUCCAUAGCUUAAGUGAGGCUUAGCGAGCACCUGUUCCAUUCUGGAACCUAAGACUGGGAACCCAAGUAAGGGGUAGUUCCUACUGUACGGGCGUUCGUGGAAGGUGAACCCUUACUUUGUUGAAAGAACCAGGCCACCACAUGUGGGAGUAGUCGCAGGCCAUAUGCUCAGGGGUAUGGACUAUGCGUUCCUAUCAUGGCCUCAUUGUGGACCCAGUCAUGGGAUCAGGACGUGGAUAUUCAAUCAUACCUUAAAUAGGCAAGUUUAAAUACCUAGUUUUGUUUAAAUCUGUCAUUAGGUGGCCUUUCCUUAUUUACGGUACAGUGAUCUAAUGUUUAGGAGGCCUUGCUUUGACUUUUUAUAUUCUAGGCAGUGUCUUUUUUUAAAAAUCAUGAAUUAUAGUUUUUUAGCAAGUGAUCUUUAUGUUCUGUUUUCCUGUUAAAAUCAUUUGGAAGGAAACGAGAGAAAUUGCUUUCUAGUUAUUACUGGCUGGCACAGUACCUUCCUUUGUGUUUCUGCUUAUUUAUUUGGAACUAUGAAUUUAAAGGGCUUUUUGAAUGAGUUGAGAGUGCGUUGCUGAGCAUGUAUUUGGUCAUCCCACCACUACUUAUUUAAUUAGACACUUAGUGUUUUGAUUUUGUAUUAUUUCAGCUCCGUAUGUUUUAGGCUUAUUUUUAAAUUGACAUUUUAUUUUCACUUAUAACACUGUGUGGCUUAUCUCUUACCAUUUCACCGUAAACUGUAAUAUGUACAAUGGUUAUAGAUCAGAGUUAUUUAUUUAGAAGCAUACAGAAUACUGAAAUUUAGAUUCCUUAUACCUAAGGCUGAUUUUAUUAGAAGAUUAUUUUAAUGUCCUAUUAUAAAUUUUGAGACCUUGUAUUCACAUCAUGUGUAAAAUAGGUCCCAUCAUCCGGGUACUUCCGCCAGAGGUUCUGUGGAAGCCGCUAGUGAGGUUGUCUGUGCGGGCCUCCUCAUGAUGCACAAACAUGUUUCAUCCUCGUGAUUUCUAGUUGCUGGGAUUUGGUGACCCCUGUUUCUGCCGAUUUUACGUCAAGUUAAAAUCUUCCCCGUUUACCUCUCUUAGGUCACUCAGAGUCUUGUGUGGUCUCAGGUAUUAUAUUUGCCUCUCAGCCACCUUGGCCACUUUUCUAAACCCUGAGGUUUCCUGGAAGCCUUCAGCGAAGGAAAGGCCUGAAGUGACACCUCGCUAACCAGGGGCCCAGAUGUGUCAGAGGAGCCGGGUACUCAUGCUUCAGGGACCACAGAGUGAUCGGGAGUAGGCUGAGCUCUUGACUUAAAGUGGGUAUGAACUCUCACCCGGAAACCCCAAGGCUCAUUUUAAAAUGUAAUUGUCAUUUACUGCAUGAACUGGAGUGUCCCACCUGGAGAUGAGAGGAUGUUACCCCACGCAUAAAGAAUUCAUCCACUGUUCUGAAACAUAUUUUCCCUCUCAUUUGAAAGUAAUGACAACUAUUUAUAACUAGCCUUCUUAAGAACUGUGUCUGAGGGUGUCAAAUCAAGCUUGUAACUUAAAAUCUAUACCAACAAAAUGUCUCAGAGGAUUUAUUUGGACCCUUGGUGUUAAGGGAACUGCUUAAAAACAAAAUAUAAUGUCAGAGUUGACCCA